AAGCCCCUUGUGCUACUCCACUGAUCUGUAGCUUUGGAAGGCCGGUGGACCUGGAGAAGGAUGACUACCAGAAGGUUAUAUGCAACAACGAGCAUUGUCCGUACAGCACUUGGAUGCACCUUCAGUGCUUCUAUGAGUGGGAAAGCAGCAUUCUCGUCCAGUUCAAUUGCAUUGGCAGAGCCAGGAGCUGGAACGAAAAGCAAUGUCGCCAAAACAUGUGGACAAAGAAGGGCUAUGACUUAGCUUUUCGCUUUUGCUCCUGUCGGUGUGGGCAGGGUCAUUUAAAGAAGGACACUGACUGGUACCAAGUGAAGCGAAUGCAGGAUGAUAAGAAGAAAAAGUCCGUGUUGGAGAAGAGUGCGGGAAGGUCAAUGGCAGAGUCGGCAGAGGAGGCCAAAAAGGGCAGGCCAGCCAACAAGCCGCAGAAAGGCUUGAGUAAUGACAUCCAGCGAAGGCACUCGAUGGACAGGCAGAACUCGCAGGAGAAGGGCGUCAUGGGCGGCAGCUACGCCGUCCGUUCGCCUUGUGUAUCUCCCGGGCAGUCCCCACCCACCGGCUACUCUAUUCUUGCCCCCACGCACUUCAGCGGCCCUCGUUCCUCCCGAUACCUAGGAGAGUUUUUGAAGAACGCCAUUCACCUGGAGCCCCAUAAGAAGAACAUGGCCAGUGGGGGCAUGUUCAGGAACACGCAUUUUGAUUAUGGGGCAGCUGGCUUGCAAGCACAUAGAUCAGGACACUUUGAUGCCCCUGUGCAGUUUUUGAGAAGGCUCGAUCUAUCUGAGCUACUUACUCACAUCCCCAGGCAUAAACUGAAUACUUUCCAUGUGCGGAUGGAAGACGAUGCCCAGGUGGGCCAAGGGGAGGACCUUCGGAAGUUCAUCCUUGCUGCUCUUAGUGCCAGCCACAGGAACGUUGUAAACUGUGCGCUAUGCCACAGGGCACUGCCAGUGUUUGAACAGUUUCCGCUGGUGGAUGGGACCCUGUUCCUUAGCCCAUCGAGACACGAUGAGAUUGAAUAUGAUGUUCCCUGUCACCUUCAAGGAAGGCUUAUGCACCUCUAUGCUGUUUGCGUAGACUGCUUAGAAGGGGUUCACAAAAUUAUCUGCAUUAAGUGCAAGUCCCGAUGGGAUGGAAGCUGGCAUCAGCUGGGAACUAUGUAUACCUACGAUAUUCUGGCAGCAUCUCCCUGUUGUCAGGCUCGACUGAACUGUAAGCACUGUGGGAAGCCAGUAAUAGACGUACGGAUUGGCAUGCAGUAUUUCUCUGAAUACAGCAACGUCCAGCAGUGUCCUCACUGUGGAAAUCUAGACUACCACUUCGUGAAGCCAUUUUCUUCAUUUAAAGUUUUGGAGGCUUAUUGA